AUGGAAGAUUUCUUUCGAACAUUCGUUUCGCGGACGACAUCGUUUUUCGAGCAGCAGCAUGAAGCAGAAACUAUGCUCAACGAAUUGAACGAAGCAGGGAAGAAAAUAGGGCUGCGAAUAAACAGAAAGAAGACACAGCUCAUGGAGAACGCCUACUGCGAGGAUGGAGGAGUACAAUGUGAAGGCUCCCUAAUCGUGGAAACUUCGUCAUACGUAUACCUCAGACGUUCUAUGAACAUGGAAAACGACUUGAAGGAAGAAUUGAAUAGAAGAAUGAGAGCACCAUGGGCAGCAUUCACAGCCGUCAGGGAAGCUACGGACCAACUGACGGACCAAGAUCUUCGUGCCCAUCUGUUCGACUCGACAGUUCUUCCAGCGCUCUGUUGCGCAGCGGAGACGUGGGCAGACACCGCUGCCAUCUCUAGGAAGUUAUUUACGACCCACAAAGCCCUUGAGAGAUGUCUUCUGAAGUUUAAUAGGCGGUCUACACCUAGCUGGUCUUCGCAGCUCCGACUUAAGAGGAAUGUCCCGUCUUCGCGAUCCAGCAGAAUAUAUAUCGAAAGCAAAGCAUAG